GAGCUCUUUGGGGACGAUUAUUACGGCUGCGCAGAGGAGGAGAAGCCUCAAUUUGAGGAGGAUGAUGAUGAGGAGGAAGAAGGGCAGGACGGUACCUUCCUUGACCCCCCCUCUGCCCCCCCCCCGCAGCCAUCGAGCAGCUUUGAAGCAAGUACCUGGAGGAUAUCUAUGGGCUUGGAUUACGAGAGGACCUGUUUGGGGGAACCUGCCCUGUACGCCUUUAAUAAGUUCCGCAGCGUCGUGCCCUGCCGACUUCGCCUCACCACGGACGAGAUCCUGGCAGCUGACGACAAGGAGCUGAACCGCUGGUGCUCCCUGCGCAAGACCUGCAUGUACCGAUCUGAGAGGGAGGAGCGACAGGAUCAGGCCAAUUACAGCCGCAGGGCUCAGAACAUCAGGAAGAAGCAUCAGAUCCUCAAGUCCCUCAUUAUACAAGUGGAUGAAGAGGAGGAGCCCCCCCCAAAGAAAACCAAAGUGGGGAAGAAGCAGAGGGACAAACAGCGGCGUAAAGCGGGGACCCCCCCCCAAAAGGAGCCCCCAGCUGUGGGAAUGGAAGACCCCAGCCCCAAAAUGGGGGGGCAGAAGCACAAAGACCAAGUGAAGCACAAAGUGGGGACCCCCCCCUCCAUCACUGCCAUAAUGGAAGACCCCAGCCCCAAAAUGGGGGGGCAGAAACAGAAGCAUCAGGACAAAGUGAGGCACAAAGAUGGGACCCCCCCCACUGCCAUAUCAGAAGAGCCCCCCCCCAAACUUGGGGGGCAGAAGCAGCGGCACAAAGUGGGGGGGUCCCGACGGCGACGUGGGGGGGGGGCAUCGAGAUUUGGGGUGACCCUGGGGGGGCUUCGUUUUGGGGGGGGGCGGCUCCGAGCCUUCGGCCUCAACCCGCGACGGAUUCGCUACAGGGAACUGAGGAGACAAAAAAGGGGGGGGGUCCGCGGUGCCCCCCCCGGGACCCCCCCCAAGGGGAGCUGACACUGAGAUCCAAGUCACUUUUAAUGGCGGCUUUUGGGCCCCCCCCCCAGGGUGGGGUGGGGGGGGGUCCUGAGUCCCAGGUAAUAAAUAAGCCCCCACCCCCCCA